AUGAAGGCUUUGAUCCAGCGCACAAAAUUUGUACAAGAGACUGCGGGCCGAAUGAGGGUUUGGUGCAAAGAGCGCUUCACUGCGGACCGCUGGCUUGACGAAAAUGAACGAGAGUGGUAUGCGCUGGAUCGCCUGUGCCGCUCAAGGCCAUGGGCAAGAAAUCGAGACAAGGCUUUUCCGUACCCGUUCCGUGAUGCGACCAGGAGAAUGAUCAAAGUGGAGGGCGACUGGGUGGGCGGCAGUCGACCUGACAUCUCCGCAUUGGAGGCUCGCCGACCAGGUGUCGACUGCGAGGUCAUCAGUCCACUCAAUUGCCCCCCUCAUUUUCCUCCUGAACAUCGUGUCCUUCUUUUUGCACCAGAAUUUGGCAGUGACCGCUCCUUCGACAUGGACAUGUGGAGCUUCAUCGAGCCGGAUGAUCAAGUCGAUCUGUCGGUGGUAUGCUGGAAAGGAUGGUCAAAUUUCGAUGCGAUGAUCAAGCAAGUCCUUGAGAAGGUUCUCUCUUUUGCGGACGGCGUCAACACUGUCUGGUUCGGGCAAGGCAUGGGUGCUAUUGUCGCCUAUGAAUUGCUGAAGCUGCUCGAGUUGCAGGAGAUUCAGACUCCGAACUUGCCAGUCGCUUUGGUCAUCUCUGACUGUCCUGCACCGCAUGUGUUCUCCGAGAAGUACCGACCGUACAGCGAAGAGAGCUGGCUGGGCCAGGUGGCCCAGUACUCCGCCAUGAGGCAGAAGGAAAUUGAAGAGGUCGUGUCCAUGAUGAAGUCAUACAGGUUUCACCACGGCGAAAGAAAGAAGUUGUUGGUGCCCGUGGCCGCGUGCUGUCACACAGGGAGGAGCUUUUUUGAUGCAACGUCCGUGCAGGCUUGGGCUGACUACAGCCCAGAGCCUUUCGCAUUCCAUGACUUGGGCGAAAGUCAGGAGCAAGAGUGGUACCUCGAUGGUUUGGGCCCGGCGCUACAGCCCGAGCCAGCUCUUCUAAGUGUGAUCAGCACGACCUGCUGCAACUUCAGCCGUUGGAAUGAUGCAGACUACCCAGACAUCGGACCUGUUGAUGGAUCGAUUCCGACAGAGGUGGAUUGUGUCAUUGUUGGGGCUGGCAUCGCGGGCAUCUAUCAGGCCAAGGUCAUGGACGAGGCGAGCAAGUCCUUGGUUGUCUUUGACCGGUACCACAUCAUUGGUGGCGUUUGGGAAUUCUACGGCAAUGACUACUCCAGAGUCAACACGUCAGAGAUCGGCUACCGCGUGCUUGACAAAAAGGGAAUGUGGACGCGCCCGAAUGAGGAUCACACGCCUCGACGGGACAUCAUGCGGGACAUCUAUGAAAUUGCCAGUAAGCACGCUUACGGGAAGAUACGCUGUAGAACCGACGUUACAAAGGUUGAAAAGCAGAACGAUGGAACGUAUAUCGUGCGAGUGAGAACGCUGAAUGAUGGUGUGGAGCACACUGUAAAGGCCAAGGCUGUUAGCUUCCAAGUCAAUCGUCGUAUUGGCAAGCGCCGUAUCGUGGACUGGCAGGACUCCGAAAAGUUCAAAGGCAUCAUAUGCUACGGUUAUGGCAAUGAGCCCAAAGACAUUGACUUUUGGAACAAGCGGGUGCUGGUUAUUGGAGCUGGCGCCUUCGCCUUUGAGAAUGUGCGAACAUCAAUUGAGCACGGAGCUCGACAGGUAACGCUGCUUGGUCGGCGAGAUGGGACUACAUGCCCGAAAUGGAUUGACAUGAUUGCGUUUCUUCGACCAAUAGACAGCUCCAUGCAGACGAACAAGGCUGGAAACAUGAUCAGCUUUGAAGUGUGGCAGAAGUGCUACCAGGAUGCAGGCAUAAGACCGCCGGGGUGCUGGUCAGAGGGUUUGUUGAAGCCACACAAUCACACUAUCUCAGUGUCCGACCUUGCCUUCAUAGGUGGGUAUCACGGCUUGGUUGAUCUCAGGGUCGGCGAGAUCGCUAGAAUUCGUCAAGAUGGAAGAGGCGUCCAAUUAAGGGAUGGGUCGGAGAUCGAUGUUGAUAUCAUCAUCAAGUGCACCGGUUUCCAUCUGAAUGAUGAAGUUCCAGAGGUGGUGGGCAGCUCCAAGAUGCAAUCGUACGGGCUAAUCGACUACAACCUCAACUAUCAAGCGGAGCCUUUGCUGGAUCAAGGGCAGUUUGGCAGUUCCAAGUCAACAGAUGCAGAGGCUGAGAACCCUGCGAUGAGGGAAAUCGUGGAGCUAUAUCAAACAAAGGACUUCCUCAGGGGGCUUGAACUUUAUCGACGGAUUGGCCUGGACGAGGAGCCCUUGAAGCCACAAGGCAACCCGUUUGGCUCAGGGCAAGGAGGUCCUAUCGAUUUCCUCUCGUACUACUUCGCAUGGUUGGUGGACCACCCGGACGAGCAGGCUGCGUUGCUGAAGCAUGGUGGGCCUCCUUCACAGGAAAUGGUGAAGUUGUGGUCCAGCGCCAUCGGCCAAAACAAUACCACAACCCUGAUGAGGUUAAUCUGUGCGCUGGCGGAAUUGGAGGUUGGCCCAGCCGAGGGAAGCAAAGCAGCGCUCCUGUUUCCGGGCCAGGGCUCCCAAUUCGUUGGAAUGCUUGCCAAGUGCAAAGACAACCCCACGGUGCAAAAGAUGAUUUCAUCCGCGAACGACAUCCUUGGAUAUGAUUUGUUGGAGGUGUGUCUGCAAGGGCCAGAGGAGAAGCUGAGCCAGACCAGCAUUUGCCAGCCGGCCGUGUUUCUGGCAGGUAUGGCAGCCCUGGAAGUUCUACGAGAAACACGCCCAGAAGCUGUGAACAAACCGCGGUCAGUGGCUGGCCUGUCGUUGGGCGAGUAUUGCGCACUGUGUGCUGCCGGAGUCUUUGAGUUUGAAGAUGCCAUGAAGCUUGUCAUGAUCCGAGGUGCGGCCAUGGCUGAAGCUGCUGCAUCCCGACCACAGGCCAUGGUGUCCAUCGCCGGGUUGGCAGAAGACGUGGUCACCGAGCUCUGCAAGCGUGCUGUGACAGCUUCAGGCGAGGGUGAAGUCUGCCAGAUUGCGAACGUCCUGUUCAAGAAAGGGUUUGCGUGUGCGGGGACGAAAGCGGCGAUUGACAAGUUAAAGGAGGCAGCGGAGAAGGAGAAGGCAAUGCAGGCGAAGUUGAUCAAAACAUCUGGCGGAUUCCACACAGAUCUGAUGAAGCCAGCAGCGAAGACUCUGGAUGAUGCUUUAGCGAGCAUUGCUCCAAGAAUGAAGCCACCCCGAUGUGACGUGUACAUGAAUGCAACAGGGCAGAAGCUGGCAGCAGGGACGUCAGUGGAGGAGAUCGUGUCACUCCUGUCGAAGCAGCUUUGCUCCCCAGUAUUGUGGGAGCCGAGCAUGCAGAGGAUGAUCGACGACGGUGUGCAAGAAUUCUAUGAAGUUGGCCCAGACAAGCAGUUGAGGGCAAUGAUGAAGCGGAUCGAUCAAAGCGCGUGGAGCUGCACAACGAACGUGGACAUAUAG